CUUCCAAAGUGAUGGCAAAACUGCACCUCUCAUUUUUUCGUGCUAUCUUUAUAGUUUUUUUCGCCAAUGGCAAAAUCUUCCCCCUCUGCUGCAAACUCUCUCUCCAUUCCUUCGAUGCUGCUCCUUGCUCUACUGAUGUUUACAGGCCUGCACAGGACAGCUGCCCAGACAGGAGUUUGCUAUGGGAUGCUUGGCAACAAUCUACCAUCUGCGCAAGAAGUUGUGGCCAUGUACAAGCAGAACAACAUCCCAACCAUGCGCAUCUACGACCCAAAUUCGCAAGCUCUUCAAGCCCUUGGAGGGUCUAACAUCGAGCUCAUGCUAGGCCUCCCCAACUCCGACCUCCAAAGCAUCGCCUCGAGCCAGGCCAAUGCAAACACAUGGGUCCAGAACAACAUCAAGAGCCACGGCAAUGUCCGGUUCAAGUACGUCGCGGUCGGCAACGAGGUGAAGCCCUCCGACCCGUUCGCGCAGUUCCUCGUCCCCGCCAUGCGCAACGUCCGGACUGCGAUCACCAACGCCGGCCUCGGGAGUCAGAUCAAGGUCUCCACCGCGAUCGACACGGGCGUGCUCGGCGAGUCCUAUCCUCCCUCAAGAGGCGCGUUUAAGUCCGACAACAUGCCUCUCCUCAGCCCCAUCAUCGGCUUCUUGGUCGAGACCCAAGCCCCCUUGCUGCUGAACUUGUAUCCUUACUUCAGCUACGUCGGCAACCCUAGAGACAUCAGAUUGGACUACGCACUAUUCACGGCGCCCUCGGUGGUGUUCAUGGACGGGGCGUUGGGAUACAGAAAUCUCUUCGACGCAAUACUGGACGCAGUCUACUCCGCGCUCGAGAAGGCCAAUGGUGGCUCGCUAAAGAUCGUCGUAUCAGAGACCGGGUGGCCUUCGGCAGGAGGAGGGCAGGCGACGUCCCUCGACAACGCGAGGACUUACAACACCAAUUUGGCCAAGCACGUCAAGGGAGGGACCCCGAAGAGGCCCGCCGGGCCGAUCGAGACGUACGUGUUCGCCAUGUUCGACGAGAAUCAGAAGAGCCCCGAGUAUGAGAAGUACUGGGGGCUUUUCCUGCCGAACAAGCAGCCUAAGUACUCGAUCAGUCUUAAUUAGGAGAGGAUCUUGUUAUGUGCUAUUAGGGGGUGCAAUAAGGGCAUGCUAUUACCCCAUGAGAAUAAAAGGAGCAUUGCAAGUCGAAUCGAUUUACGUACUUCAAUAAAAGUAUGGGGAAGGAAUUAAUCCUCUGUUUCAAUGA